AUGUCUCUAAACUCGACAGAUAAUGAGUUGCUCUUUGAGCAGUGGAGGGACCAGAUUGUGCCACGGUCCUUCAACGCGGGCUUUGUGACGUUGAGCUAUGUGGUCAGUCUGAUUGGGGCGGCGUCAACAUUAGAGUUGAUCAACCGGAGGACAGCCCCCAAGGGGAAAAUCAACCACUUGUUGCUCAUCAGUGCGGCUGUCACAAUGGGUGGCAUCGCUAUCUGGUGCAUGCAUUUUAUCGGGAAUCGAGCUAUCCAGAUGGCGGGCGGGGAGGCACCGCUUCAGAUUGCUUAUUCCAGUGGUUUCACGGCCUUUUCGUUCUUUAUGCCGAUUCUUGUCCUGGUCGCCGCCUUUGUGGCCAUCGGAACCAACGACAAGGUCUCGUGGUGGCGUGUUGCCAUCGGGGGCACACUCGCUGGCGCUGCCAUUUGCGGCAUGCAUUACCUGGGCAACGCCUCCAUCAAUAACUACGUGUGUAUUUACAACAUUGCCAACGUCGUAGGGGCGGCUUUGAUUGCGGUGGCUGCUAGUAUCAUCGCCCUCUCGCUGUUCUUCGUCUUUCGGGCGGGGUGGACCAGCUCGUGGUGGAAGCGCAUCAUAUCGGCUGUGCUGUUGGCUGGUGCUGUGUCGGGUAUGCACUGGUGUGCUUCGACGGGCACAUCCUACAAGUUGAUCGCGCUCGCCGGGGACAACAACCAACUUUCGAGGAACGAAACCGUCAUUGUCGUUAUAUGUCUGUCUGUGGGGGCCUGUCUCGUCAUGGCAAGCUUUGCCAUGUACACCGCUCGCAUAAUGCAGCGUUAUGCCAGCAAGGCACAGCAGGUCGUGCUGGCAGCAGCCGUGUUCGACAAGCACGGACGUGUGCUUGUCAGCCCGGACGGGUUGCUGCCCAGCGAGAAGAUCACUGACUCCUUCCUGGAGAAGACGCCACAGGACUCGUUUACGGUGGCCCACCCGCUCUUCCACUGGAUGUUCCAGGCCUCGAGGAACUGGUCCAGCAUCACCAGCAUCAUCAACGGGAUUUCGAAUCACCUGUCCCACCUUCCACACAACGGGCGCGACAAUUCCAGGGGCGGCAUCAAGCUCAUCACAGACCAUGGUGAGCUCAUCGAGAACUACGACGUCAUCUUCCGCGAGCUGUUCUGCGCAGCCGCCGCGGGGCUGGCAGACAAAAUGAAGACGCAGCUGACCAACGUCGGGAUCUUGUGGGACGAGAUCCUACCGACCGGCGCGGGCGGGCGGGCUCAAGCUCAAGCCCGCCAGAACCAGCAGGGCGCCGAGAACGCGGCCGGCGGCGAGGGCCAGGCGCAGCGUGGGGCAGAUGGCAUCCACGGCGCGAGCCUCGAGGACCUUGCGGAGAAGGGUGUGGUCCGCCAGCCGUACCAGGAGUUUGGGCGAGGCAGCCUCAUGUUCCUGGUGCGGCGUGUCGAGAACACGCGUGACAUGGAGAGCCUGGCCGCCGCGGGCUACCGGUUCGCCGAGCUGCACCAGGUCAGCGGCAUCAUCGGGUCAACGAUGCAGAUUAAGACGCGUAGCAUCGAGAACAAGCUGCGAACCAUGUCAGCGUUCGCGGAGAACAACGCGAUGCUGGAGCCCGGGGUGCACGUGGGGUUCUUUGGAGUCCAGGCGCGGGUGAACAACGCAUACGGGUUCGACGUGCUGGCGCGGCGAAACGCGCGCAACCUACUGCCGUCGGUGCAGAUGCCGCUGGCACGGCUGGACGCGUGGCAGAUGAACUUCCUCCGGCAGUUUGAGCGGAUGACACCACACCACAUCGCGAGGCGGCUGGCUGGGCUGAAGAACAUCUCGCACAAGGAGAUGAUGUUCGCAUCGCAGCUGACAGACAGCAUCGAGUCGCUGCGUGGGUGGGUCGAGGACGCCAUCUUCGACGAGGCGGUGCUUUGCUCCAAGACCGUCGAGGUGCCGUGCCGGCCGGUGUCGGCGGGCUCAUCACCUGGCACCUGCACGGUGAUCUCGUUCAGGAUCGUGGUGCCGAUCCACCUAAACGUGGAGAGUCCCAAGUGCGAAUUCGUGCCGCUCAACAUGUUCAAGGUGCACCAGCUCGUGUACCAGGACUCGCCGAACCACCUCGCAUUCACGCGGUCGGUGCAUCGCGAGCUGGCGCCCAUCAUCAACGCCGUGCCGGCCGGGGUGGCGACGAGGUCGGGCAGGACGGCAGGGGCGGCGACGUCGCACUCGAGGCGGGCGUCGCUGCGGGACGCGAGGAUGGCGAGCCGGCUGUUUAGGAGCGGACGGCCGCAGACGUCGGGCAGCGAGCGGGGCGGGGCCGUGGACGGGGACGGCGUGCCGAUCCCGACGACGCUGCACCGUGGGUCGUCGUGGGGGGCGGGGUCGGGCAAGUCGAGCUCGACGUUGAAGCUGUGGAACGGCAGGCCGAGUAACGGGGGCGAGACAAGCCCCGGGGUGGGGUCGGUGGACUCGGCGUCGGAGGCGGUGCUCCACGGGCUGGCGCCGCCGGCGUACGCGAUGGAGGAGCUACACUCGCCCAUGUCGCCGGCGCCGCCGCCUCACACGCCAGGCGCGCUGCCGUCACCGUCGCCGGCGCCGCACGCCAUGUCCGGGCCGCCACAGCAAGCAUCAUCGUUUGGCGGGAUCAUGGUGUCGCAGGAGAUCACGGUCAACGUGCAGCGGGCAGGCGAGGUAAACGAGGGGUCCGGGGGCAGCCAGUAUAGUGGGCAUGGGCGGCAGUCGUUCUCUCGGGCGGGCUCGUCGCUGCUGCGGAGAAGGGCGAGCGAGAGCGGCGGGCACGGGCCCGGGGCCGGGGCGGCAGAGGCCAGGAGCCACCGCGGGAUUGAGAUGAGGCCGAUCGGUGGUCACGGCAACGACCGAUCGAGCGUGCACAUUGGGUCCGGGGUGCAGGUUUCAAACGUGGAGGCGGAGAAGCUGACGGAAGCGCCGACGUUUGUGGAUGAGCUGUUUGGGUUCUGCGUGGAAGGGAGGUGA